AUCGAAAAACAACAACAACUGCAGUGGUUUACGUGCGUGAAAAUAAGUUAAGUUUUAUAGAAAAAGCACUUUUUCGCCCCAACGAAAGACCAGAGAAAGUGUUCUGAAUGCUGCAGCAAAUGUGCAUGAAAUCAAACAACAACAACAGCAGCAGCAUCUUAUUAAACACCACCCAUAAACGAAGUGUAUUACAAAAGUGAAAACAGUGCCAAAAGCCACCAGCAAAGGCAAAUACCAAAAGCAAAAGGCAAAGAAAUCUGCAAAAAAAAAGAAAAUCAAAAGCAAACGCAAAGAGAAAAGGAAAAAAGAGGCAUUAACACACACAUCUCCCCCCACAUACUUAUGCCUAUGUACAUACACAAGUGGUGCUCGCGGCGGUGCACUUGACGCCCAAUUCCAAUAAGUUUAUUUACUUGAUUUCUACGCUGUGCAGCACAAUUAAAACUCGUGCGACGACUACAACAACUGCAACAGCAGUAACGAAAGCAGCAGCCACAAACCACAGCCAAACAAUCAGCAGCACACACACACACGCACACAUACCAACACCAACACUUGGUUUGCGCAUAUUGCGUAUCGAGUAAAUUAAAAAUCUGCAACAUACGCAAUCUAUACAGCUCCAACACGCUCGACCAACACAAACCUUCAACUCACACACACACCCAUACACUCAUACACACACACCCAUACACACACAGAAUUCCAAUACACAUGUCUUAUAUGAUGGCCAAGACUUUGGAGGAGCAGAGCUUGCGGGAAUGCGAACACUAUAUACAAUCGCAUGGCAUCCAGCGUGUACUCAAAGACUGCAUCGUCCAGUUGUGCGUCUGCCGACCGGACAAUCCUGUGCAAUUCCUGCGCAACUAUUUCCAGAAACUGGAACGGGAACAAGUCAAACUGGAUGCCAGCAAACAGGUAAUCAGUCCCGACGAUUGCGAGGAUCUCAGUCCAAUGCCACAAACAGCCGCACCACCCGUACGCCGGCGCGGUGGCAUCUCCGCCGAACCGGUCACCGAGGAGGAUGCCGCCAACUAUGUUAAGAAAGUUGUACCCAAGGACUACAAGACAAUGAACGCUCUGUCGAAGGCCAUUGCCAAAAAUGUGCUCUUCGCCCAUUUGGAUGAGAGCGAACGCUCCGAUAUAUUCGAUGCCAUGUUUCCCGUUAAUCACACGGCCGGCGAGAAUAUCAUACAGCAGGGCGACGAAGGCGACAAUUUCUAUGUCAUCGAUGUGGGCGAAGUAGAUGUCUUUGUCAACUCUGAGCUGGUGACCACGAUCAGCGAAGGCGGCAGCUUUGGUGAGCUGGCGCUGAUCUAUGGCACACCACGUGCGGCCACCGUGCGCGCCAAGAGCGAUGUUAAGCUGUGGGGCAUCGAUCGUGACUCGUACAGACGCAUCCUGAUGGGCUCAACCAUACGCAAGCGUAAAAUGUACGAGGAGUUCCUCUCGCGUGUCUCCAUACUGGAGAGCUUGGAUAAAUGGGAGCGAUUGACUGUCGCCGAUUCGCUGGAGACGUGCGCCUUCGAGGAUGGCGAAACGAUUGUGAAACAGGGCGCUGCCGGCGAUGAUUUCUACAUCAUUCUCGAAGGAUGUGCCGUUGUCCUGCAACAGCGCUCCGAGCAGGGUGAGGAGCCAGCUGAAGUGGGCCGUUUGGGCUCCAGCGAUUACUUUGGCGAGAUUGCUCUGCUCCUGGAUCGGCCACGUGCCGCAACUGUUGUCGCUCGCGGCCCCCUCAAGUGCGUCAAACUGGACAGAGCGAGGUUUGAGCGCGUUUUGGGCCCCUGUGCGGAUAUUCUGAAGCGCAACAUUACGCAGUAUAACAGUUUCGUUUCAUUGUCUGUAUAAGCAAGCAACAAGCAACAAACAACAACAGGCACACACAACAACAUCAUCAACAACAUCAACAACAACAACGCAGCUCGCAUGCCAACAUUAACAAAAAACAACCGCUCAACAGCAUAAAAAGCAUAAAAAGCAAAACAAAAAUUAAAUUAAAUGUGUAAAAAACAAAACAAAAAAAGAAUCCAUAUAAAGCAGCCCCAUUUUAGAGAGAGGGAGAGAGGGAGAGAGAGAGAGAGUUCUCCAUUGGAAUUGAAAUAUUGAGUUGAGCUCAAUGUGCAAGUGUGAAAAAUGGAUUGGCUUCGCUUGUUUUGGGUUGGGGGGUGCGCUGGGGGUUGGGUUGCGUGGGUGGUUAUGAAGUGGGGGGUGUGAAGAGGGGGCGCCAAAUACCAAUAUGUUAAUUACGUAUAUGAAUUCUGUAUGUUGUGCUGAAAAGUUAUACAUAUGUAUUUGUGUAAUGUGUGUGUUAAUUUCGUGUAAAAGUUGCGGCAUGUUCCCAACUCCAAAAAAAGAAAAAAAACUAAAAUCAAAAAAAUACAGAAAACAAAACCCAAAAAACAAAACGCAACUUGUCGCACUGAGCUUUCUUAAAAAGAAAAACUUUUGAAAAACUCAAAUAAGAUCAAAAUCAAAGGAAAAAAAGCAAAUGUAAAUUUGAAAAAUUUGAAAAACAAAACAAGCGCAUUUCUUAUAACACUUUUCUACGAGUACUGGUUGAAAUAUACACACAUAUAUAUCUAUGUAUAUAUACAUAUAUAUAUAUACUGAAUAUCUUUAUAACGGAACAUGCUGCCAGCAAAAACAAAAAC